CAAGCUAAUUGGUCAGAGGUUUUCAGUUUUUGAAUAGAACAAAAUUGAUAAGUUAUUGAGUGAAAAUGGUGUCCGUGCAAACUAUAGCCACUAUUGUGGUGAAAGUAUUCAAGAUAGUCCUAAACAUCGUGAUUCUCGUGUUAUACCGCACCGGGUACAACGGCGAGUUCCUUGGCGUGGGCGGCACAUGGAACCUCAACGAGGAGAAGAACCCGGACGCCGAAAUCGUCGCGUCCGGCGUCAUCGUCGGCUACCUCAUAUACACGCUCGUGCAGGUCGUCACCUUCCUCUUUGGCACCACGCAACAUAAGAGAGCCCUAUCGGAAGUGGUGAUGAACUUCGUGGGCGUGUUCAUGUGGCUGGCAGUCGGAGCGGUGGCACUUCACUACUGGGGUGGCUACCAGGGGGAGCACCAGUUCCAGUUCUUCUUCGCUGAGAGACAGGUCGGCUUAGCGGUUGGUGCUCUCUGCGUAAUCCAGGGAGCAGUGUACCUCCUAGAUACGGCACUCGCUGUCAUACAUUACUCGAAAGAGAUGUAAUAUUAACACUAUUUUUAUACAAACAUGC